GAGGGGGCGGGGCCGGGGUGAUGAGCGCUGCGGGCGAGGGCAGCUCAGAACGGGUUUGUUAUUCCUCUCAAACAGUGGAAGAGUUUCAGAAACAGCAGCUUUAAACACGGGGAGACUGUGGAAACAUGAGGUUCGCGAAAAGGAAACGGUUAACCCUGGCGGACGGAGAGGACUCUCAGCUCUCAGCACAGUUUAUUAACCCCUUCAUACACGAGCUGCGGCUCACCGCUCUCCAGAAAGUCAAGAUUGCAGUGAUGACAGUGACCCUCUUCCCAGUUCGAUUGCUCUUUGCUGCAUUUAUGAUGUUGUUGGCGUGGCCUUUUGCCUUUGUGGCCACCGUGGGCUGUUCAGAGGACGCAGUGGAGCCUCUGUCCUGGUGGAGAUGGCUGGUGGAUCUGGCCCUGAAGGCCAUUAUGAGGGCGAUGUGGUUUUCUGGAGGUUUCCAUUGGGUGCGUGUGAAAGGAAGACCAGCUCUACCCAGUGAAGCACCCAUCCUAACACUGGCACCACACUCCUCAUACUUCGAUGCUAUCCCUGUGACCAGGACCAUGGCCUCUAUCGUCAUGAAGGCAGAGAGCAGAAAUGUUCCCGUCUGGGGAACCCUGAUCAAGUUUAUCCGGCCAGUGUUCGUGUCCCGCUCAGAUCAGGACUCUCGCAGGAAGACUGUAGAAGAGAUCAAACGCAGAGCUUUCUCUGCAGGAGAGUGGCCUCAGAUGAUGGUAUUUCCAGAGGGGACGUGCACCAACAGAUCCUGCCUCAUUGCGUUUAAGCCUGGUGCAUUUAUUCCAGGCGUUCCUGUUCAGCCGGUAGUUCUGCGCUAUCCCAAUGAGAUGGACACAAUAUCGUGGACAUGGCAGGGACCAGGAGCAUUCAAGAUUUUAUGGCUCACUUUGUGUCAGCUGCAUAAUUCUAUAGAAAUAGAGUAUCUCCCUACAUACACUCCUUCAGAAGAGGAGAAAAGAGACCCAGCUCUGUUUGCGAGCAACGUGAGGUGUAUAAUGGCCAAGGCUCUGCAGCUGCCUACCACUGACUACUCAUUCGAGGACUGUCGUCUUGCGAUGGCCAAAGGCCCCCUGUGUCUGCCCAGUCAUACCUGUCUGCUGGAGUUCUCCAGGCUGGUGCGUAGGCUCGGACUGAAUGGAAGAGUGACGGAUCAAUUCCUGCAUGAAGAGAGCAGUCGUGCACGAAAGCUCUGUGGACACAAACUAAGCCUGGAGGCUUUUGCAGAAUAUGUAAACCUGCCUAUUACAGAAGCACUGCAGGACAUCUUUGCCCUCUUUGAGGAGCAUGAUCAGGUGGAUGUGAGGGAGUAUGUCAUUGCUCUCUCUGUGGUCUGCAGACCUGUCAGAUAUUUGGAGACCAUUCAGCUGGCCUUCAGGAUGUUUGAGGCUGAAGAGGAUGGGGCUAUAGUAGAGGACGAGCUAGCUGUCAUUCUGAAAACAGCUCUUGGAGUGGCAGAUCUCACUGUCUGUGAUGUCUUCAGAGCCAUUGAUACUGGAGACAAGGGGAAGAUCACAUUUGAGGAUUUCUGCACGUUUUUGGAGGGCUGUCCAAACUUUAUAGAGCUGUACCACUGUGUUCCCGAUCAGACCUCACACACCUUUUCUGAACCCUCAGUUUCCAUAACCAACCACACACACAACAAGAAGCACGACUAAGACAUGUUUUGUUGAUUUGCGUGUGUGUGUGUGUGUGUAUAUGUAUGUGUGUCUGAAUGCAUUUAUAUUACCACUGAGUGUGAGUAUAAGGGAGAGAUUUUUUUGAUGAUAUUUUGAAAUUAAACUUCAUUUGUGUGGAUUUGGGCAAUUUACUCAUUAUUUUUCUUCUUUAUCUUUUUUAUCUGUUUUUUUUUACUGACAGAUUUUUAAAAUGAUCUUCAGAAAUGUAAUGGGACUUUUUUAAUAUAUAUUUUUUUAUUCCUCCUUUGCUUUUUGGACAGGUAAUCUAUUUAUUCCAGGCCAAGCUUUCUAUAUUAUAUAAAGUUUCAUUCUGUUUGUAAUUUUGAGACAUGUUGAGAGAUUUGAUUUUAAUACAGAAAUACUGAAAACCCUU